GGGCGGGGCCAGCGGAGCGGCCAACAAGCCUCGCGGCGAUUGGCGGCGGCGGGACGUUCAAAUCAGUACGGGGCGCUCCGAUUGGCCCGGGGUCGCCGCGGCAGGCCGGGCUCCCUCCUCGCGCUCGGACGGGUAUUGUCUGACGGCUCCUGAGGCGGUUCGAGCGGCGGAGUCGGGGACCGGCGGUGGCACCAUGGCAGGUGGGAAGGCCGGGAAGGACAGCGGGAAGGCCAAGGCGAAGGCGGUGUCUCGCUCGCAGAGAGCCGGAUUGCAGUUCCCCGUGGGCCGCAUCCAUCGGCACCUGAAGACUCGCACCACCAGCCACGGGCGGGUCGGCGCCACCGCCGCCGUGUACAGCGCCGCCAUCCUCGAGUACCUCACGGCUGAGGUCCUGGAGCUGGCAGGCAACGCCUCCAAGGACCUCAAAGUGAAGCGCAUCACCCCCCGCCAUUUGCAGCUGGCGAUCCGGGGGGACGAAGAGUUGGAUUCCCUCAUCAAAGCCACCAUCGCGGGGGGAGGCGUCAUCCCGCACAUCCACAAGUCGCUGAUCGGGAAGAAGGGGCAGCAGAAAACCGCGUAGGGACGGCGCUCCGACCUGGCGCCGCUGCGGCCCAGCGCUGCUGGGAUGUGGGGGGGGGGGGGAGGGGGCAAAGGGGA